GGGAUCUUUCAGUGCCAAUGGCAGGAUGAAUCAGCUGGAUCACUUCACACACGGAUCGAUCUGAUUUGGCAAAACUAUAACAAGCACGAAGAUGGCGACCACCACCACCAACAAGAACGACCAGCUCAACGUUCUCGACGCGCUAGACACGGCCAAGACGCAGUGGUACCAUGUCACGGCCGUGAUCAUCUCGGGGAUGGGCUUUUUCACCGAUGCCUACGAUCUCUUUUGCAUCUCUCUCCUCACCAAGCUCCUGGGCCGGAUCUACUACUACGACCCCUCCACUGGAACCCCGGGCGAGCUCCCAGUGAGCAUCAAUGCCGCCGUGAGCGGCAUCGCGCUGUGCGGCACCUUCACGGGCCAGCUCUUCUUCGGCUGGCUGGGCGAUCGCCUGGGCCGCAAGAGAGUCUACGGCAUCACCUCCAUGAUCAUGGUCGUCUUCUCCAUCGCCUCGGGCUUCUCGUUUGGAUCCAGCGCGCGUGCAGUCAUCGGCACGCUCUGCUUCUUCCGCUUCUGGCUGGGAUUCGGAAUUGGCGGCGACUACCCGCUGUCCGCGACGAUCAUGUCCGAGUACGCCAACACCAAGACGCGGGGGGCGUUCGUGGCGGCGGUGUUUGCCAUGCAAGGCGUGGGGAUCUUGGUGGCGGCCGUGGUGACCAUGGCGGUGUCGGGGGUGUUCAUGGUGGGAUUCAAAGCCCCCAGCUUCGAGGAGAGCCCCGGGCUGUCCACGCCGCACGAGGCCGACUACGUGUGGAGGAUCGUCUUCAUGCUGGGCAGCGUCCCGGCGGGGCUCACGUACUACUGGCGGAUGAAGAUGCCCGAGACCGCGCGGUACACCGCGCUCGUGGCCGGGGACCUUGACCGGGCAAACGCCGACAUGAGCAAAGUCCUCCAGGUCGACCUCACGGACGAUCACCAUCGUGGCGUUGAUCAUCAGUUCAAGAUUGCUAAGAAGGUCCAGGCUCAAUCAUCCUUCCCGCUCUUUUCAUCACGCUUCGCGAGGAGACACGGCCUCCACCUCUUCGUCACUACCACCACCUGGUUCCUCCAGGCCUUCGCCUUCUACAGCCAACAGCUCUUCCAAAAGGACAUUUACACCCAGGUGGGAUUCAUCAAGCCCGCCAAGACCAUGUCUGCACUCCAAGAGGCGCUGGUCACUGCGAGAGCGCAAGCCCUGGUGGCACUGUGCGGGACGGUCCCGGGCUACUGGGUCACCGUUGCGCUCAUCGAUCGAUUGGGCCGCAAGCCCAUCCAGCUCCUUGGCUUCCUCAUGAUGGGCACUUUCAUGUAUGCUCUGGCCGUCCCCUACGAGAGCUACUGGCGGGGCAAACACCUGGACGCCGCCACUGGCAAAUACCAAGGCGGCCACAACGUUGGCUUCGUGGUGCUCUUCGCGCUAACAUUCUUCUUCGCCAACUUUGGACCCAACAGCACCACCUUCAUCGUCCCCGCGGAGGUGUUCCCCGCGCGGCUGCGCUCGACGUGCCACGGCAUCUCCGCAGGCGUGGGCAAGCUUGGGUCCAUCCUGGGCGCCUUUGGCUUCGUCUACGUGUCACAGCCCACCAGGAAAUCCGAGCUCCCACGGGGAUACCACCACCCGGGGAUUGGGAUGAGGAACGCGCUGCUGCUGCUGGCCAGCGCCAGCAUGCUGGGCUUCUUCAUCUCGCUGCUCAUGCCGGAGACCAAAGGUAAGAGCCUUGAAGAACUCUCUGGUGAAAGCGUCAUGAAUGAAAGCAAAGUUGAUGUUCAGAGUGUUUAGUCUAUAUUAAUAAAUUA